UCUGUUGGUUUUCUCCUACUACUAUACAAUGGCUUGUGCUUCUACUUCUUCAUCUUCCACUCACCAAUGGAACCACGACGUCUUCUUAAGCUUCAUAGAUGAAGAUUAUGGUGAUGGUGAUGAUGACUCUGGUAGGAACUUCAUUGAUCAACUCUAUGAAGCUUUGAUCCAAAGAGGCUACCAUAUCUUCGCAGACGAAGACUAUAAGCGCAACCACGACGACCAUAUUACCUCUGAAUUCCUAAAAACCAUUGAAGAAUCGAAGGUUUCCAUUGUUGUCUUCUCCAAAAAUUACGGUUCUUCCAUAUGGUGCCUUGAUGAACUAGUGAAGAUGUUAGAAUGCAAACACGAUCAGAUGGGUCGUCACACUGUUCUUCCCGUUUUCUAUAACGUCGAUCCAUCUCAUUUUCGGAAACAAAAUGGGAUUUUGGAGAAAACCUUUGCAGGGUACGAAGAACGAUUCAAAUCGGAGAUGGAGAAGGUGAAGAGUUGGAGAAAGGCUCUCACUGAAGCUGGGAAUUUGUCCGGUUGGCAUCUACAAGAUGUUGCAGCAGACGACGGGGGAGAGACAAAGUAUAUCAAAGCAAUCGUUGAAGAGGUCUCAAUGAAAGCAAAAGAAAGACGCAUGAACAUUAACACUUACCCAGUUGGGAUAGAUUCCCGCAUAGAAGCCAUAAAUUCUCUGUUAAGUCUUGAUUCUAGUGAUGUUCGUAUUAUCGGGAUCUAUGGCAUAGGUGGUGUGGGUAAGACAACCAUCACCAAGGCUGUCUAUAACCAAAUCUUACAUGAGUUUGAAGGCAGUACUUUUCUUGGAAGUGUUCGAGAAAUUUCUGAACAUCGUAAUGGUUUAAUUCAUCUGCAAGAGCAACUUCUUUCUGAUAUAUUAAUGAAACAAAACAUACACAUAAACAAUGUUGAUAGAGGAAUCAAUGUGAUUAAACAAAGACUCUGUUUUCGAAAGAUUCUUAUCGUUCUAGAUGAUGUGGAUCAAUCAAACCAAAUAAAUGCAUUAGUUAGAGAACGUGAUUGGUUUGGAUUGGGAAGUAGAAUCAUCAUAACUACUAGAGAUCAACAUUUUCUGAAUAAGCACGACGUGGAUGGAAUAUAUGAUGUGGAGAAACUGAAUUCAAAGGAUUCCCUCCAGCUCUUCCGCCGCUAUGCAUUUGAAAAUGUUCGUUGUAGAAGACAUCAAAACAAGAUUUCAAAAGAUAUAGUGUCUUAUCUUGGUGGGGUUCCAUUAGCUCUUCAGGUGUUUGGUUCAUUUCUACACAAAAGAAGCACAGAUGAAUGGAUAACUGCAUUACAGAAGUUAAAAAGAAUUCCGAAUGAGGAAAUUCAGGAAAUACUUAAAUUAAGCUUCGAUUCUCUUGACAGUACAGAGAAAGACAUAUUCCUUGACAUUGCAUGCUUCUUUAUUGGAAUGGACAAAGAUUUUGCAAUUAAAAUACUAGAUGGUUGUGGUUUCUUCCCAGAAAUAGGAAUUGCUGUUCUCACCCGUAAAUCACUUCUAAUAAUCAGUGAAAAAAAUCAGCUUGAAAUGCAUGGCCUGAUUCGAGACAUGGGAAGGGAAAUUGUUCGCAAAGAAUCUCCCAAUGAGCCCGGAAAACGUAGCAGAUUGUGGCUUUAUGAAGAUGUAUAUGAUACACUGACAAAAAAUGCAGGAACAGAAGUAGUUGAGGGUGUGGUAUUAAACUUCUGCCAACCAAGAAAAGUAUGUUUGACUAUUGAGGCAUUUACAAAGAUGGAAAGAUUACGAAUGCUCCAAGCUAAUUAUGUUCAGCUCUUGGGAUCUCAUGAACAUUUACUUAAUGAUUUAUUCCCUUCUAUGGGGAAGAAACAUCUGUUCAGGGAAUUAAGAUGGCUAUGUUGGCAUGAAUUCCCUUUAAGAUACAUACCAACCAAUUUUCAUCUGGAGAACCUUGUUGUUCUUGACUUACAAUAUAGCAGUCUCAAGAAAGUCUGGAAGGGAAGCAAGCCAGAGUAUCUUGGAAAGCUGAAAAUCCUUAAUCUCGACUGUUGCCUUGACCUAACCAAAACCCCCAACUUCUUGGGACUCCCUAGCCUUGAGAUAUUGACACUUGAAGGUUGUACAAGUUUGGUUGAAGUUCACAAAUCCAUUGGAGAAUUAAAAAAUCAUCUUCUCAUUCUGAAUCUAAAAGACUGUACAAACCUUCGGAGACUCCCAAGAAGCAUUUGGAAUUUGAAAUCUCUACAAAGUCUUAUUCUUUCUGGUUGUUCACAAAUCAAUGAACUGCCAGAGGAACUGGGAAAUAUGGAAAGUUUAACUGAGCUUCUUGCUGAUGGAACUGCCAUAAGGAAACUGCCCAUUUCCAUUGGGCUUUUGCAGAACCUCAAAAGCUUGUCUUUAGGUGGAUGUAAAGGAUCACCAUCUAAAUCAUGGAAUUCAUUUAUUUGGUCAUUGGGAUCACCAAGAGGUGAUGAUGCUAUUACAUCUUUGCCGGCUUCUUUCUCUGGUUUACGCUCCUUAACACGCCUUAGUCUUAGGGACUGCAAACUAUCUGGUAUGCUUCCCAAUGAUCUUGAGAGUUUAUCCUCAUUACAAGAGUUGGAUCUAGCCUUCAACAACUUUUGUGACUUACCUGCUAGCAUCAGCCGCCUUCCCCAGCUUCAAUCGCUUUGGUUACAGAAUUGUACAAAGCUUGGAUCACUUCCAGAGCUUCCAUCAAGUUUACAGUACUUGGAUGCAAAUGGUUGCACAUCCAUGGAAAAGCUAUCCAAUCUUGCGAGUACAUCCUUGUUGCAGAGGUUGGAUUUAAGUCAAAAUAAUAUUUGUAGCCUACCUGCAGACAUCAAUGGCCUUUCUCAACUGCAAGUUCUUACAUUGAGAAAUUGUACAAGGCUUCAGUCGCUGCCAAUGCUUCCAUCAAACAUAAAGGCUUUGGAUGCAGAAGGUUGCUUGGUGAUGGAAAGACUAUCAAGCUUGGCAAACUUGAAGAAAUUAAAGUCCUUGUCACUGAAUAGUUGCAGCAAACUAAUUGAGGUGGAAGGCUUGGAGAGGUUGGAAACUACACCAACUAUUCACAUGGAAAGGUGCAAUGGUUUGGCAAAUACUUUCAGGGAUAACCUCUUUCAGGGGAUGAUUGAACCUGGUAUCAUUGACAUCUUUGUUCCUGGGGGAGACAUUCCAGAUUGGUUCAGCUGCCAAAGUGCAGGGUCCAGCAUAUAUUUUGAGGUGCCUCCACUGUUGAAUUGUAAGAUUCAAGGCUUGAUUAUAUGUGUUGUCUAUGCAGCAGACGAAGAAGUUGAUGUAACCACAGCUGGUCCUGAAGCCACUUUCAUUAACUGGACCGGCGGUAUAGAUUGGAAAUACAGCCCCAAAAUCAAUGCCAUUUCAGUAACAAAUCAGGAUCACAUAUGGUUGAGCAAUAUAGCAGAGGCAAGGUUUGUGGAUCAGUUGGAAGGAGGGGAUCAAGUGGAUGUUUCAAUAGAAAUGGGUGACCCAAUCCAGGUGAAGAAAUGUGGGAUCCAUCUGUUUCAGGGUACCUCUUCUCCAUAUGAUCUUGGAGUUGAGAAAGGCCACAAAGAAGAUGAUGGGGCAGGGUGCCAUUGCUGCCGUUUCAAUGAGGAACAAGACCUUGAUUGGUUAACCGAGGCUUGCCCCAAAAUGAAUUCCGGAGAGGUAAAUCAAAGUAGCUUCGGCACUAGUUUUUUCAGACGUUUCCUUAAAGACAUCUGAGGUGUGGGAAGAGUAGAAUGAUUUGGCAUUAAUUUGAUAGGAUUUGAAUCCUCAUGGUUACAAAUUCUCUGAUUUUUUGUAUUGUGAUUACAUUUGUAACAGAAUGCAUUCUCUGUAAGCAAAUAGGUUUUAUUGUGCAUGAUACAUUGUGUUAAUGUAUGGUAGAUUAGGAAAGAUAGUGAGUUGUUUGA